AAUGCAUGAAAAAAGAAAACGAGAGCUUCACACUAGGACCUCAGAUGCAAUAAUUGAAUAACCUAAUAUCCAACGUUUCGAUGGACAAGCUGUCUUCGUCAGGGUAUAAUGCGCUUGUAAGUAAAUUAUUAUUUGUAAGCCCUUAACCAACAAUGCAAUAAGAAAAUAUUUGCUGAAAAAAAUGUAUAAUAAUUAAGAGACAAAGUAACAAUCAAAUAACAAUAACGAGGCUUUAUACAGGGGGUACCAAAAAUGAGUCAAUGUGCGGGUUAAUCGAGGUAAUUAAGGUAAUAUGUAUACUUAACAAAAAAUAUCCCAGACAUUUUCCAUACGCACAAAAAGCUGAGGACUAUUUUUGUCUGUAAUAAAGCCCUUUUGUGGGGAAAAACUCAUUAUGAUUGGCUGGCUCCCAGGCCCACCCGUGGCUGCGCCUCUGCCCAGUCAUGUGAAAUCCAUAGAUUAGGGCACAAUGAAUGUAUUUCAAUUGAUUGGUUUCCUUCUAUGAACAGUAACUCAGUAAAAUCUUUUAAAUUGGUGCAUGUUGCGUUUAUAUUUUUGUUCAGUAUAUAUGUAAGUAGGGGUAAAGUAACUAUGCGUAGAUAACAAAUAGCCAGCAGCAGCAGCGUAAAAAACGAGGUCAAUGCAAAUAGUCCGGGUAGCCGUUUUAUUAAAUGUUUAGCGGUCUUAUGGCUUGGGGGCAGAAGCUGUUAAGGAGCCGUUUGGGCCUAGACUUCCGUACAGUUUGCCGUGCGGUGGUAGAGAGAACAGCCUACAGGUGGCUGGAGUCUUUGACCAUUUUUAGGGCCAAUACAAGACCAUCGUUAAUUAUACUUCAUAUAAUUGUCUGUUGUCAAAAUACACAACUGGAAAUCAUUUAUUGCACUUCUGAUUCGUUGCAUAAUAGAGACAAUGCAAACACUAAAAAGUUAAUAAGAUAAAUAAUUGUAUUAUUGUCACUAUCAAAAAAAAUAACAUCACAGCAAAUAUUUUGGGAAGUAGCUUCCAUGUCAAAACAGCCUGCAAUAUAGGAACACAACCAACCAUUCAAGGGUAUUACUAUAUAUAGUGUCUGCCAAUCCUCCGCAAAUAGUUCACAUCUUUCCUUCAGCUGGUGGAGGCGCGGCUAUGCAAAUCACAACAUGACUGAGCGGAAAGUUGCCUCAAAACCGAUUCAGUUCACUGUCAUUCACAACCCGACAAGGUGAGACUACAGAACACAUCGCUUAUUAAUGAUCAAAAACUCUUCUAUAGAAUCGCACUUCGGAAUAGCCUAAAAUAAGACUGAGCUUUUAUGCACGGGAAAGUUACUACUCUUCAACUUUAAUCAUCGGACAUGCCACCUCAAAUGGAUUAUUAUUGUGAAGAGUCCCGCGUCCCCUCUUCAUGCGGAUUGAUAAACCGAGAGGCCGGGUUGGGGAGGGAGUCAGCGCCGGGGUUGGAGAGGGAGUCAGCGCCGGGGUUGGAGAGGGAGUCAGCGGCUAUCAGCUGUAUGCUGGUGGGGGACGGUGCGGUGGGAAAGACAAGCAUGAUAGUCAGUUACACCAGCAAUGGAUACCCCACGGAAUACAAACAGACCGGCUUUGAUGUCUUUUCAGGUCAGGUCCAAGUAGGAGGAGCCUCAGUCAGAAUACAACUACUGGACACAGCUGGACAGGAGGUGUUUGACGAUUUCCGCUCCCUCUCCUACUCCCACACGGAUGUCUUCCUGCUCUGCUUCAGUGUGGUCAACCCCACCUCCUUCCACAAUGUCACCCACAAGUGGAUCCCAGAGAUCCGAGCCUGCAACCCUUCGGCUCCCAUCAUCCUCGUGGGCACCCAGUCCGACCUCCUGCUGGACGUCAACGUCCUGAUCAACCUCGCCCGCCGCGGGGUCAAACCGGUGCUGACCAAUCGGGCGCGGAGCGUGGCGGUGAAGAUCAGAGCAGCGGACUAUGUGGAGUGUUCUUCGUUGACGCAGAAGAACUUAAAAGAGGCGUUUGACGCGGCCAUCUUUGCUGCCAUCAAACACAAGGCCAGGAAGGAGAAGAAGAGGCAGCUGUCGGACAGACGCAGCAAGGCCUUCUCUAAAUGCAGCUGGAAGAAGUUCUUCUGUUUUAUCUGAGAUGAGAUCCCAUGGGUCCUGGACAGAAUAAUGACUAUUAUUAUUUAUUAACUUAUGAAGACUUACUAAGAACUUGUAGCUUUGGAAUCGUCCCAGAAUUGGUAAAUGAACUGAGUUCUACUGGUAGUCCUGGACUGAAGACAGUGGUAUAGCGUACUUCACUAGCCCUUGCAGGUAACCAAGUAAGAGCGGGUACUGAAGACAGUGGUAUAGCGUACUUCACUAGCCCUUGCAGGUAACCAAGUAAGAACGGGUACUGAAGCGUAAUAAAGACAAGAGAAACUCAAAACCAAGGACAUUGAGUACAUCUUGUAAGUGGGACAAGGCUGUCAUGUAAAUGUUGUGAAUUCCUUUGCAUGGUCUGGAUUGGUACCUUCUCCAACCUGAGAGCUUACUGCGCUGCCUCUGUGUGAUAGUCAGAGAGUCAGUGGGUUGUGAGAGAGAAGGAUAUUUUUUAGGUCGUCAGGUGUUGGUUGUUAGCCUUUUCUCAUUUGCAUUUUUGCUGCCCAGCCACACAAAACAAGGCCUAUUCAUAUUCAACAGUGUAUGUAGGCUGAAGUCACAGCGCUAGGCUAGGUGCUAUCUUCUUACCUGUGUGUGACCUGGGAAUGGCUUCCACAGGCCAUUGUGUUGGUUAGGGUGGCACGUAGCCUAGCGGUUAGGGCAUUGGACCAGCCACCGACGAGGUAAAACAAAUCACACGGCACUUUUUAUUGACUUUAUUUUUUAUUUCACCUUUAUUUAACCAGGCAGGCCAGUUGAGAACACCUUUAUUUAACCAGGCAGGCCAGUUGAGAACACCUUUAUUUAACCAGGCAGGCCAGUUGAGAACACCUUUAUUUAACCAGGCAGGCCAGUUGAGAACACCUUUAUUUAACCAGGCAGGCCAGUUGAGAACACCUUUAUUUAACCAGGUAAGCUAGUUGAAAACAAGUUCUCAUUUACAACUAGGACCUGGCCAAGAUAAAGCAAAAGCAGUGUGACACAAACAACAACAACAACAGAGUUACACCUGGAAUAAACAAACGUACAGUCAAUAAUACAAUAGAAAAAGUCUAUAUACAGUGUGUGCAAAUGGCGUGAGGAGGUAAGGCAAUAAAUAGGUCAUAAUUGCUCCAGGGUCGCGACCCCACUCUCCGAGGGUGUCUCAGGGAGAGUUGGGAUGUGCCAAAAACCCACAUAGGACUAAUAGGAAACAGGACAAAUAUAAACACCCACCAAAUGAAUGAGUUCAAUUAUUAAGCUUUGAUGCCGGGGCGGCAGCGUAGCCUAGUGGUUAGAGAGUGGACUAGUAACCGGAAGGUUGCAAGUUCAAACCCCCGAGCUGACAAGGUACAAAUCUGUCGUUCUGCCCCUGAACAGGCAGUUAACCCACUGUUCCUAGGCUGUCAUUGAAAAUAAGAAUUUGUUCUUAACUGACUUGCCUAGUAAAAUAAAGGUACACCUCCAACCUCGUAAUGUAAUGUAAUGUUAUCAACUGAUAGAUGUUGCAUGUCGGAAAAGUGACGGAAGGUACAUGGUUAGCAGAUGUUAUUGGUCACAUACACAUGGUUAGCAGAUGUUAUUGGUCACAUACACAUGUUUUGUAGAUGUUAUUGGUCACAUACACAUGGUUAGCAGAUGUUAUUGGUCACAUACACAUGGUUAGCAGAUGUUAUUGGUCACAUACACAUGUUUAGCAGAUGCUGGUGUUGCGAAAUGCUUUUUAUUUAUUUUUUUAUAACACAUUCAUUCAAAAAACUAAAUUCUGCAAAGUUGCUUAGGGGCUAAAAGCACUGCUCUAUCUUUAGGCGCCAUCUUUUCUUGCAGCCUAAAUGCCUCUGCAGAAUGUUCUGUUGGGUUUGCAGCCUAAAUGCCUCUGCAGAAUGUUCUGUUGGGUUUGCAGCCUAAAUGCCUCUGCAGAAUAUUCUGUUGGGUUUUCAGCCUAAAUGCCUCUGCAGAAUGUUCUGUUGGGUUUGCAGCCUAAAUGCCUCUGCAGAAUGUUCUGUUGGGUUUGCAGCCUAAAUGUUCUGCUGGGUUUGCAGCCUAAAUGCCUCUGCAGAAUGUUCUGUUGGGUUUGUAGCCUAAAUGCCUCUGCAGAAUGUUUGGUUGAGUUUGCAGCCUAAAUGCCUCUGCAGAAUGUUAUGUUGGGUUUUCAGCCUAAAUGCCUCUGCAGAAUGUUCUGUUGGGUUUUCAGCCUAAAUGCCUCUGCAGAAUGUUCUGUUGGGUUUUCAGCCUAAAUGCCUCUGCAGAAUGUUCUGUUACGUUUGCAGCCUAAAUGCCUCUGCAGAAUGUUCUGUUGGGUUUUCAGCCUAAAUGCCUCUGCAGAAUGUCCAACAAAAAGGAGUAGACUUCGGCUACCGAACUUCGGCUUGCCUCAAGAAAAAUGUUGUGUGCACGAACAGACGAAAAAAAAGACCAAAACUAACCAAAACGUGACAAAAAAAUGGCAUCAUAAUAUAGUAUACGCAGAAACUGUUUCGGAUGGGAAGCAGACCCCCCCCCCCCAUCUUGGUCAGUGUAAAGCCAGCAGGCAGGGUAGAGAAGCUAGAGAGUAAUCCAACCUUACCCUUGCCCAGGAGAAAUCCCCAGCCCACUGUCUCUGUUUUAGCCUUUGUUUGUUUACAUUGGUAGUGAGUAGAGACUAGAAAACCCCAGGCAAUAGAAACCCCAAGACCGCCCAGCUCCGUUAACCUCCAGUGAAUGAAACACCCCUCUUGUCUCUGUCUGAUUGUACUUCUCACUCUCUAUCUCCAGCCGAUUCAACCCUACUGCUCUAUAGAAUACACAGUGUACAUUAUAGUCGGCUAAAUAGCUCCUGCUUGAAUGUUAACACUCACUUUAAAUAGCCUGGGUGCCCGUCUCUAGCUCUGUGGUUUAUUGGACAGGGAUGUUAUUGCCAGACCGAUGGUGACUGUCAGUCCUAGCUUGUUUAUAGAGAUGAGGGUUGGCAUCCAGGCUAUAUGCUGGUUAUGCUUCUCGUGGAAGAGCUCAUGUGAAUUUGAUAUAUAUUUCUGUUUGUUUUAAACAGUUCAUCGAACGUUUUUUUUUUUUGUCUGCAAUGUUACAGGUGACAAGGAAUUUUCACCAUAAUGCUUCUAAAAGCUGUGAACAUUUUACCUUUGGGGAAUCGCAUAUUUCUGUCACUAAUCUUUUAAACCAAACCCUCUGUCAAUACUUUGCUUUUUCAUACUGUGUUUGAAUGAAGCGAUGAAAAUAAAUAUUAAACAAAUCCAAAUGUA